AUGAAUUUUGAUCUACCACCGGAUUUGAAGUCCCAUCUUCAGUCCAUCGACGCAUUCAUUCACUCUACAAUUCUCCCACUGCAGCAUUCCAACGAUAACGAUCGUUUCUUCGACCACCGUCGCGAGUACUCUCGAACCGACUGGGAACAGAAUGGCAACCCUCGUCCAGAAUGGGAGGAGUUAUUGAAACAAGCACGGCAUCGGGCUGACGAGGCGGGCUUCUACCGUUUCGCGCUCCCCAAACAAUACGGGGGCCAGGAGCAUCCGGAGACAAACCUGUGGAUGUCUGCGAUUCGAUUCCAACUAUCAUCACAUCCUAUCUAUGGAGGUGGCCUCGGACUCGCAAACGAUCUACAGAAUGAACACAGUAUUAUCGGAAACUUCCCCGACGUCCUUAUGAUCCAUCAUUUUGGCAGCGGAGAGCAGAGGCAGACGUUUAUCCCCGCACGCCUUCGAGGAGAAUUUCGAACAACAUUCGGUCUAACAGAGCCAGACCAUGGGAGUGACGCAACGUUCAUGUCCACCGUUGCACGUCGCGAACGCGAUGGAUUUGAAAUCACUGGAGUGAAGAAGUGGCAGACAGGAGCUCACCAUUGCACUCACUUCCUUGUAUUUGCGAGGACCUCUGGCGCCUCGGGGUCUGCCAAAGGAAUCACUGCCUUCUUCAUCCCUCGUGACACCCCCGGUAUCCGGAUCGCCAGCUACGAGUGGACGCUCAAUAUGCCCACCGACCACGCGACGGUGGAGCUCGACCGUGUGUGGGUGCCUGAAACAGCAAUCCUGGGAAAGAUCGAUCAAGGGCUGGCCAUUGCUCAAACAUUUGUGCAUGAGAAUCGUAUACGGCAGGCGGCCAGCUCCUGCGGUGCUGCGAAGUUUUGCCUGGACCGAAGCAUCGAGCGCGCACGCUCGCGCAAAAUCUGGGGGGAAAUGCUCCGACUGCUCAUCCUGAAAACAAGCUGGGAAAUGGACCGUGUGGUAGCUGCGUGUAAAUCAAGCGAGGUACAGCAGCCGCCGUGGGUGGCUAUUGAGCGCCAGCUUAGCGAUCAAGUCGCCAUGUGCAAUUUCUGGGCCAAUCGACUGUGUUGCCAGGCUGCAGACCGGGCGAUCCAGAUUCAUGGCGGCGAUGGAUACUCCCGCCACUAUCCGUUCGAACACAUCUAUCGCCACUUCCGACGCUACCGGAUCACAGAGGGUGCAGAGGAGAUACAGAUGCGAAAGAUUGCUGCAUAUAUUUUCGGGUUUGCAGGGCCGAAGAAAACGGAAAUGGAAGCCAUAGAAAAGACCAAAGCCAAAAUUUAA